AGAAAAGCGUUUCAUCUUGAGACAGACAGACAGAGAGGGAGGGAGAGAGAGACAGACAGAGCGCCAAUGUGCUUAUUAUGAUCAUCUGGUCUUUUACAUGGUCGGCAAAAGAGCGCCUUGUUUUCUUUAGUCGUCCAAGAAAAGGAAAUCGAUGCAUCACACCGAUUGGUUUCCAUUUCUCUUUUGUUAACGACACGUACAAUGGCAUCCUUUCUUAUCUGCCUUCUUGCUUAGGUCACGGCUCCUUUCGAGUUUUUUCCCCUCCCUGUUCCAAGACACCGGUUUACGUCCCGGCAACCAGCGUUAAGUCGCAAAGGAAGUUUCCUCUCGGCGAACCGCCCCGCCAAGACGGCGGCCGCGGACGGGCUAGGGUGCGCGCGCCCUCUUUCCGUCGCAGGGAGUGGCGGCGGCGGCGGCCCUCCCAGUCCCUCCUCUCUGGCUGGGGAGCUUUGCGGAGAGGAGGAGGGUGAGCUGUGGGAGGGUCUCCAUUGAAAUAAACAAGCAGCCAGUGAUUAAAACGGGAACAUGGCGGCCGCGGAAGACUCAGCAGCUCCAGCUUCCUCUUACAAAGCAAAGGUUAGCGCUGGCGGCAGCUUGAGCGAGAGGAGCCGGCGACUUUACUGACCUCGCAAGCUUGAGAUGUAUCUGAAGAUUGAAGUUUUCAAAUAUACAGCCAGUACUGAUUUAACUGUCUCAUUGAGUCUUGGCAAUUUCCAAAUCUCAGAUGGUCAGCUUGCUUUUUCCCUUCCUGGUCACAUGACCAAUCAAGAUUGGAGUCUUUGCAGCCAGCCUGCUUUUUUUCCCCCUCCCCAUUGCUGCCGGGUAGAGGACUAGAGGAGUAAAUCACUCAUUGCUGCCCUUAUUGCUUCUUUGGUUGCUGUUGCCUUGAGGACUGGAGUACUGUAGUUGCCUUUUUGCUGAUAUGUGUUUAAGAUGAGUGGAAUUGGUGAAAAUUCCUCUGACCCAGCUCGGGCAGAGUUGAGAAAACGUAAGGAAUGUCCUGAUCAACUUGGACCGAGUCCUAAAAGAAGCACUGAAAAGCGUAAUCGUGAACAAGAGAAUAAGUAUAUAGAAGAGCUUGCAGAGCUGAUUUUUGCUAAUUUUAAUGAUAUUGACAACUUUAACUUCAAACCUGACAAAUGUGCAAUCUUGAAAGAAACUGUGAAACAGAUUCGUCAAAUAAAAGAACAAGAGAAAGCAGCAGCAGCCAAUGAGGAUGAAGUGCAGAAAGCUGAUGUGUCAUCCACAGGUCAGAGUGUAAUUGACAAGGAUGCACUUGGACCAAUGAUGCUUGAGGCCCUGGAUGGAUUCUUCUUCGUAGUGAAUCCAGAAGGUAAUGUGGUAUUUGUAUCAGAGAAUGUGACACAGUAUUUACGGUACAAUCAGGAAGAAUUAAUGAACACAAGAGUAUAUAACAUCCUACAUGUUGGAGACCAUAAUGAAUUUGUCAGAAACCUGCUGCCAAACUCUCGAAUGAAUGGCGGAUCUUGGUCUGGUGAAUCUCCUAGGCGCAAUAGCCAUACUUUUAACUGUCGGAUGUUAGUAAAACCUUUAACCGAUUCUGAAGAAGAAAGUCAUGAAAACCAGGAAGCACAUCAGAAAUAUGAAACUAUGCAGUGCUUUGCGGUUUCUCAACCAAAGUCCAUCAAGGAAGAUGGUGAAGAUCUGCAAUCUUGCUUGAUUUGUGUGGCACGAAGAGUUCCAAUGAAGGAAAGGCCACUUCUGCCCUCCUCAGAGACUUUUAGUACUCGUCAGGAUUUACAAGGCAAAAUAACGUCACUGGACACUAGUACCAUGAGAGCAGCUAUGAAACCUGGUUGGGAAGAUGUGGUGAGAAGGUGCAUUCAGAGAUUCUAUGCACAACAUGAGGGAGAUAUAUCUUUUGCUAAGAGGCAUCACCAAGAGGUGCUGAGGCAGGGAUUAGCAUUCAGUCCUGUGUAUCGAUUUUCUUUGUCUGAUGGCACUAUAGUUGCUGCCCAAACGAAGAGCAAGCUCAUCCGCUCCCAGACUACUAGCGAACCUCAGCUUGUAAUAUCUUUACAUAUGCUUCACAGGGAACAGAAUGUCUGUGGGAUGAACCAGGAUUUAACUGGACAAGUACUGGGAAAGCCAUUGAACACAAUUAGCUCUAACAGUCCUGCCCAUCAAGCCAUGUGCAGUGGGAAUCCAGGUCAGGAUAUGACCAUCAAUAGCAAUAUGAAUUUUGCCAUAAAUGGCCCAAAGGAACAAAUGGGUAUGCCAACAAGCAGGUUUAGUAGUUCAGGUGGGAUGAACCAUGUGUCAAGUAUACAAACAUCCACUCCUCAGGGUAGUAACUAUGCACUAAAAAUGAAUAGUCCUUCUCAAAACAGCCCUGGCAUGACACCUGGCCAGCCAAACUCUAUGCUUUCCCCAAGGCAUCGUGUGAGUCCUGGAGUGGCAGGAAGUCCUCGGAUCCCACCCAACCAGUUUUCUCCUGCAGGAAACUUGCAUUCACCUGUUGGAGUUUGCAGCAGCACAGGAAAUAGCCAUAGUUAUACCAACAGUUCCCUCAAUGCACUUCAGGCUCUCAGUGAGGGGCAUGGAGUCUCUCUGGGAUCUUCGUUGGCUUCACCUGAUAUAAAAAUGGGUAAUUUACAGAAUUCCCCUGUAAGUAUGAAUCCUCCCCAGCUAACUAAAAUGGGAAAUCUGGAUUCUAAAGAUAGCUUUGGAUUGCAUGGGGAACAAUCGGAAGAAACAACUGGACAAGCGGAAAGUGUCUGCCAUUCAGGAGAACAGAAAGAAAAUAAUGACAACAUGUCCCAAGUUGGCAGUGAAAGACCUGAUGGACAGAACAGACUGCAUGAUGGCAAAAGCCAGACAAAGCUCUUACAGCUGCUGACCACCAAAUCUGAUCAGAUGGAGCCUUCAUCUUUGGCUAAUACUAUGGGAGAUGCUAACAAGGACUCCAUGGGAAGUUUAUCUGGUUCUGGCUCAGCACAUGGAACCUCGCUCAAGGAGAAGCAUAAAAUUUUGCACAGGCUCUUGCAGGACAGCAGUUCUCCUGUAGAUUUGGCCAAGCUCACAGCAGAGGCCACAGGCAAAGAACUGAACCAGGAGACCAGUAGCACAGCUCCAGGUUCAGAGAUAACUUGUAAACAGGAACCAGUGAGUCCCAAGAAGAAAGAAAAUGCACUACUUCGUUACUUGCUAGAUAAAGAUGAUACAAAAGAAAUUGGUUUACCAGACAUUACCCCCAAACUGGAAAGGUCGGACAGUAAGACAGACCCUUCCAGUAGCACAGUAAAGCCAGUAGCUAUUAAGACUGAAAAAGAAGAGAUGCGCUUUGAGCCGAAUGAACAGCCUGGCAGCGAGCUUGAUAACCUGGAAGAAAUUCUAGAUGAUCUACAGAAUAGCCAGUUGUCACAACUUUUCCCAGAUACCCGACAAGUUGCUUCAGCAGGAUCAGUUGACAAACAAGCCAUCAUCAAUGACCUCAUGCAGAUUACAGGUGACAACAGUCCUGGCACACCUGUUGGAUCCCAGAAACCCACAGGGAGGAUCUCUCAGAGCACUUUUACCAAUGCAAGACAAGCGCAGUUGGGAAGGAUGUUGCCGAACCAGAACUUGCAGCUUGACAUUGCUUUGCAAAAUGCACCAGGUGCUGCAACUUUUCCACCCAUAAGAAACAAUAGUCCAUAUUCAGUGAUACCUCAGCCCAGCAUGUUGGGUAGUCAAGGAAUGAUGGGAAAUCAAGGAAAUCUUGGGAAUAAUAAUCCAGGAAUGAUUGCUGGUAAUACUCCUCGGCCCGCUAUGUCAUCAGGAGACUGGGGUAGCCAAGCUGCUGCUGUGAGAGUGACUUGUGCCGCCACAACAAGUGCCAUGAACAGGCCAAUCCAAGGAGGCAUGAUACGUAACCCAACACCCAGCCUUCCCUUGAGAUCUAACAGUCAAGCUGUUCCAAGACAAAUUUUACAAUCUCAAGUUAUGAAUAUGGGCGGUUCAGAACUGGAGAUGAAUAUGGGAGCCCCUCAGUACACCCAACAGCAAGCCCCUCCCAAUCAGACUGCUCCUUGGCCUGACAGUAUAUUGCCCAUUGAUCAGGCAUCGUUUAGUAGUCAGAACAGUUGCUCAUCAAGCUGUGCCCUUUGUAGGCAACCAUUUGUAGGCUCUCCGGAUGAUUUGAUGUGUCAGCAUCCUGUCUCUGAGUCUCCAAGUGAUGAAGGAGCUCUCUUUGAUCAGCUUUAUAUGGCACUAAGGAAUUUUGAUGGUCUAGAAGAAAUUGAUAGAGCUCUUGGAAUACCAGAACUUGUCAGCCAGCAGACCCAAGGAGUGGAUCCAGAAUCAUUCUCAAACCAGGAACCAAACAUCAUUCUAGAACAAAAGGCACCAGUUUUCACACAACAGUAUGCAUCUCAGGCUCAAAUGGCCCAAGGCAAUUACACACCACUGCAGGACCCAAACUUUCACCCAAUGGCACAGCGCCCAGGUUAUGCAGCACUACGGAUGCAACCUAGGCCUGGUCUGAGGCCUACUGGUCUAGUACAAAACCCGCCCAAUCAACUGAGAUUGCAGUUGCAGCAUCGGCUUCAAGCCCAGCAGAAUCGCCAGCCAUUGAUCAAUCAGAUUGGCAAUGUUUCCAGUAUGAACCUGUCUCUAAGACCUGGAGUACCUACACAGGGAAAUAUUAAUUCUCAAAUGUUAGCCCAGAGGCAGAGAGAGCUACUGAGCCAACACCUGAGGCACAGACAGAUGCACCAAGUUCAACAGAGAACCCUGAUGAUGCGGGGCCAGAGUAUGAAUAUGACGCCAAGUAUGGUGGCCUCUGGGGGAAUACCAGCAACCAUGAGUAACCCACGGAUUCCCCAGACAAACCCCCAGCAGUUUCCAUUUCCUCCAAAUUAUGGAAUAAAUCAGCAGCCUGAUCCAGGCUUCACUGGAGCUACCACUCCACAGAGUCCCCUGAUGUCCCCAAGAAUGGCUCAUACUCAGAAUCCUUUGAUACAGCAAUCUCAGGCCAAUCCUGCCUAUCAGUCUUCUACAGAGAUAAACGGAUGGGGACAAGGCAAUAUUGGUGGAAAUAGCAUGUUUUCACAACAAUCUCCACCACACUUUGGGCAGCAAGCAAAUACCAGCAUAUACAAUAACAACAUGAGCAUCAAUGUGUCCAUGGUGGCCAACAGUGCUGGGUUGAACAACAUGAACCAGAUGACAGGGCAGAUCAGCAUGACCUCUGCAACCUCUGUGCCUACAUCAGGGUUGCCCUCCAUGGGUCCCGAGCAG